GCCGGCAACUUGGAUGGUUGGUAAAUAGUAGUUUCUUGAGGUUUAGAAGAGCUUGAAAGUGGUGCUCUGGUUUGUAAUGUGGUCGAUUUGAAAGCAGUGCGUGACCAAUCAAAGUGUCUUUAUAUUGUUACAACCAAACUUUAUCUGUCAUUAUGUAACUUUAGCAUUCUUCUGUAGCACAUUUACUAUUUUGGCUUUUCCAUGGAAUAAGAAUGUAUUUUGCCCAGAUACAGGGCUUCGUUCCAGGCUAAUUCCAUUUUGGGAAAAACCCUCCACAGGUAUCCUUUUACGUUGAUGAACUAAAAUAACAGACAAACACUCACUGUACAUUAUCGAAUCGCUUCUAUUGAAACACACCGAGAAUGUAAAGUGAUUCUCAUUUUGCAAUUAUUCACAUUAUCUGUGGUCUGCCUCCUUUCUCCUGAGCGCUUGCCAAGUUGUGAUGAAAAAUUUGGGCAUUUUUAUUUCCGUGUCUGUUGCGCUGACAGGAUUCUAUAUGUGUUCCGGUGUAAAGUGGCUCUCACGCCCCGUAGGAUGACCCUACCUGCAGUCAAGACCCCGCAUUCACAUCGAGCAGAGUCAUUCCUCCCGGCAUCUGUUCCCGCCUCCAUUCAUCUAUUUCACAUCCAUAAUGACCGCUUUGAUGUUUUCUAUUAGCGCCCCUGUGCAAAUGGACUGUAUUUAUGGCCACGCAGGAAUAAUGAUUUACUUUCCCAUAUGCUUUCUUGGGCAAACAUUAAUUUUAGCAAUCAAUGAUAGAUGUUUCUGUAAGAAAAAUACAGGCGUGAGAAAUGCACACAUGUUUACGUCUGUGCUCAUUAGCCAGGCUUAUGGCAUUCACAGGUGACUCACUGUGCUCCUCACAUUGCAACGUGACUACAUCCUUGUAGCAUUGGGGCCGUCCAUUACAGAGAUUCCUAGUUGGCAAACACCUACGACUUUGUUGACUAAUCAAUUAGUUGAUUUAAUCAACAGUAAUCGACUAAAGUAGGGCAGCCCUGGAAUAUGUGUUCUGAUGCUGGCUUUCUAAAGGAUUGCAUCAACGUGACGGGGGAAGCCAAAGAGUGUAUACAGGAUGUGUUUACAUCCAGUAGGUAAGAACUCAGUUCAGCCUCUCGUCCUCUUAUCCAUGACAGCUGUUAGGGGGUUUUUUUUAAUCAGAGGUUUACUGUUCGAUUGCAAAGCCCGUUUCUUUUCCAGCACCUGUAGACCACAUCCAGCCCGUCACUCCCUUACUAUCCAAAUGCAGGCAUCCAGAAUUAGUUUAGCACGCAUCCCUAAGCUCUAUUUCGCCCAUAUGGUGUCGGCCAAUGUCUGAUUAACGAGACACGUAUAAGCUGGUUUGGUGUCCGAGUGAAUCGCACACAAUCCUUCCAAAUGCGUGUGCUACUUCAGUAGAUUCAGAGCUCUGUCUCUUUAUUACUUCUUAUUGUAGUGAUCUGUAGUGCGCAGGCUUGGUGACGCGUGGACACCCGCAGCCAGACACAUGGACGCGCACAUGUUCACACACCUGCGCAGACCAGCAGGUACACAACGUUGCGCCCGGAGGCCUUCCCUCACCCUCACAGGCUGCCGGCAGAAAGCAACCGUCUUGGAACGAACCGACCAUGCUCACAGAAAUUCGGCCCUGGUGCAGGGACCCUGCCCGCGCUUGAGCCGCCGGUGGUCCAGGUUGUGGUCAGCAAUGCCAAAAACCAACAACAGCAGUCGGACAACAUCUUGCCCCAAAUUGCCAACAAAGGGGGCCAAAACAACUACCAGGCACACCCAGACGAGAGGUCGAAGCCCACCCAGCAGUUCGGCAUGCGCAUCGGUACAGCAGUGGAUAAAGGGUCCGUCUCCCGCAACAGCAAGAUUUUCAGCAACAAGCUGGAGAAAGAGAAGGCAUACGAAGGACAAAAGUUACCCAUGUCCCCCACAGAGGCACUGAAGAACUUCAAGGACCGGAUGACAGAGUUUGAGCAGGAGGAAAUCAUGGACUACGCAGAGAUCUGGUUCCUUGGUCUGGGCUCUCAGAAGAUCGAGGGUUCCCAAGGUUCACCGCAGAACUCUGGAUAUGAUGACGGGCAUGGAAGCUACGUCAGGGUGCUGCAUGACCAUAUUGGAUACAGGUUUGAAGUGCUCGAAGUGAUUGGGAAAGGUUACUUUGGGCAGGUCCUGAAAUGCCUGGACCAUAAGAACAAUGAACUCGUGGCCAUUAAGAUGAUACGCAAUAAGAAAAGGUUUCAUCACCAAGCCCUGGUGGAGUUGAAGAUCCUGGAUGUGAUAAAAAGGAAAGACAAAGACAACCUCCACAACGUCAUCCACGUGAAGGAGUACUUUUACUUCCGAAAUCACCUGUGCAUCUCCUUUGAGCUUCUGGGAGUGAACCUGUACGAGCUCAUCAAAAAAAACAACUUCCAGGGCUUCAGUCUCGCUCUCAUCCGUCGGUUCACCUACGCUCUUCUCAGGUGCCUGCAGAUGCUGCACAGGGAGAAAAUUAUACACUGCGACCUCAAACCGGAGAACAUCCUUCUAUCUCAGAGGGGGCCGGGGAACAUCAAGGUGGUUGACUUUGGAUCCAGCUGUUAUGAACAACAAAAAGUGUACACCUACAUCCAGAGUCGCUUCUACCGCUCCCCAGAGGUCAUCAUGGGUCACCCGUACAGCAUGGCCAUCGACAUGUGGAGUCUGGGUUGCAUCCUUGCUGAACUCUACACAGGCUAUCCGAUCUUCCCAGGAGAGAGCGAAAUGGAGCAGAUCGCCUGCAUAAUGGAGGUUCUUGGCGCGCCGCCGAACGAUUUUGUUCAGUCAGCUGCGAGGAGGAGGCUUUUCUUUGACUCGAAAGGAAAUCCCAGGAGCAUCACCAAUAGCAAAGGGAAGAAGAGACGACCCAACUCCAAGGAGCUGUCGGCGACGUUGAAAACAAACAACGCUUUGUUCUUAGACUUCAUCAAGCGCUGCCUCACUUGGGACCCUACCAAGCGUAUGACUCCAGACGAGGGGCUGCAGCAUGAGUGGAUCCUGGAGGGAAAUUUCAACAGAGUCCGCCCAAGAACCAAGCCACCAGCGAAGAAGGCCUCCGACAGUUCGACCAGCAAGCCUGCAGAGAAAGGCAGCUCAGAAAGCAGCACCACCGACAAGCUGAAGAGAGACGGAACAGCAGCAGCAGCAAAGAUGGCUCCCGCCGAACGCCUGCGGCCCAUCGGGGCCUCAGCGGAGGAGGAGGCGGGUGAGAAUGAGGGGAAGAUGUCCACGGAUGCCAAGCAGCAAGAAGGAGGUGGGGAGAGGCCCGUUCACAUCAUCAUCAAGCCGCAAGAGGGAGUGGACACGGAGAGAAAGGACAGCCUAGAGUCGUCUCAGUGUUUGCCCCCUAUCAUAUAAAGGAAGUCGUGCUGCGCUCAUGACAUAUGGGAACUGUUGCUCAGGCUCAGUGUGCCGAGGAGCGAUCGAGUCGGUGAAGUGCGAGUAAAUGAACAGCUGAGGGGAAAAGGGGCCAUUUGUUUGGCCCUCAAAAAAACAGAAAAUGUAAAGGUCUCUAAAAUCCAUUUACUACGAACACUGCCAUUAAGCUUCUGUGUCUGCAUGACGUCGUCGUUAUAGACGUCCGAGCCAGAGGAAAGUCUCAUUUUCAGAGUUUCGAGUCCCAUGUUUUCGACCUCAAAGGUAGGAAGCAAACCAGUUCCCACACGCCGUGAAUAAAAUAUAGAUGUAUUGAGGGGGGGGCACGAUAAUCAUCAGCAAAAAGGGACAUUAUUUAAUUGUUUUAGGAAUACAGUCAUAGCCCAUUCUUUUAUUCUGCGAUACUUUGAGUUUUUAUGACCGGGAAGUAAAUCACCCAGUUGUACUUUUUCAUAUGAAGGUGCAGUUGCAGACAUUUCGCUUAUGUGUGUCACCAUUGAGAUACCAAGCCGUCUGCCAAAUACCAUUGCGAAUUUUGAUUAUUGAUGAUAAAAAAACGAAUUAAUAGUACAGCAUCAACUUUCUCACUGUCUCCUGUAUUAUUUAUUGAACACAAUCUUUGCUGGGCAUUGAAAUAUUUGAUAAACAGGUUACACCAUAAUACUGUAUGUUGUUCUGGGUUACUAAGUUUAAAAGCAAAGUACUACACACUGCAUGGUUAUAAAAUAAAUCAAAUAUUUUGUUUUACAUUGUAUUCUGUUUUCUUUUACACAUUUAGCAUAACUUUAAAAAUUGUAAAAUAUUUUAAGUGUGUGGGAUAAAGGCUGAGCCAAAAAAUGAGUUUUUUUAAUCAUGUUCACAAAGAACUAAUUGUCAUAUCCUUUUUAAUUGCAGAAUUUUGUUGUUGACUUAUUGAUUAUUAAUGAUUUCACAUAUUUAUGUUGGAGUAUGUUUGAGCAUGUUUCAUAUGUGUUUAACAAUUUAAUCCAAAUAUUUAUAAAUAUGUAAUUGUAAUAUAAUUUACUAUAAAUGUAUAUAUUUCUGCUGUAAUUUACGGUGUAAUACAGGACACAUGUUAAAAGAA